AAGGUUAUGCGAAUUUGACGUGAAUUGUGAAUUUUAUUUGCUGUUGCCGAGAAAAAAACGCGAACUUAUUAUAGCGCACACAUUUUCUUUUAAUUUUUCGUUUGGUUUUAAACACAAAAAAGGCUCAAAACUAUCUAAAUAUAUAAAUUUUUAAUCGGUGUAAAACUUGGUUGAAAAAAGAAUUCCUGAAAUUAGCAGCAAACGACAGCAAAAAGUAAAAUAGAUCUUGGCAAAUAGAAGCGUUAAAAGUGAAGUGGUAUAAGAGGAAGAAGCGGUCGCCGCAACUCGCGGAAGCACCAUUAAAACACCAAAAGUACAUAAAUUUGGAAAUUAUAGAUUCUUGAAAUUUACAGUGAAGGAAUAUGAAAUGGGUAUACGCCCAGCAAACGCUUCAAUCAAGCGCAAGUCAAGUUUAAUAAAAUAAAUAAUCAAGAGAAAUCCAAUCAAGUAGCGAACAAAACAAAAAGCAAGCGUAGCUUGUACAAGUGAAUGUCGCUUAUUAAUCAAACAAGAAAAUAAAAUAAACAGCGCUUGCCACCACCAUUACUCUAAAACGCUAAUCAAAUCCGGCGCGAUCAAAUUUUGAACAGUUUUUUUUUACAAAGAAUUCCCGCGCGUUUAAAAUUCUUGUGUAAAUUUCACUAAGAGAAGAACGAAGUUGUUAAAAAUUAGAAAUCAAAAAACAAAAAAAAAAGUCGGUCGCAUAUAAAGUCGGUUUAAAGCAACGUGGCUGAAACAGCAGCAACAGCAAAGCCUACAACAGCUGAUGCAAUGCCUUCUGCCAUAAGCGGUACUGGACACGGCUCAGGCGCCGUUAGUCACAACGUGAAUAUACCUAGCAAUGAGGAGUGUGGCAUUCGUGAUGUUUGGAAGCAUAACCUUGAGGAGGAGUUUCGCACAAUACGUAAAGUCGUGCAAAAAUACCAUUAUGUGGCGAUGGACACAGAGUUUCCGGGCGUUGUAGCGCGUCCUGUUGGUGAAUUUCGUUCCACCGCUGACUAUCACUAUCAGUUAUUGCGUUGUAAUGUCGAUUUGCUGCGCAUCAUACAACUUGGACUGACCUUUAUGGAUGACGAAGGCAAAACUCCGCCCGGUUACUCAACAUGGCAGUUUAAUUUUAAAUUUAAUUUAAGCGAGGACAUGUACGCGCAGGAUUCAAUUGAUUUGCUACAAAAUUCUGGCAUACAAUUUAAAAAACACGAAGAGGACGGUAUUGAUCCACUUGAUUUUGCCGAAUUACUAAUGUCCUCAGGCAUUGUGCUUGUGGAUAAUAUCAAAUGGCUGUGCUUUCAUUCGGGUUACGAUUUCGGUUAUCUACUAAAAUUGUUAACCGAUCAAAAUCUACCCUCCGAUGAGAGUGAAUUUUUCGAAUUAUUACGCAUAUAUUUCCCCAACAUUUACGAUAUUAAAUAUCUGAUGAAAUCAUGUAAAAAUUUGAAAGGUGGCCUGCAAGAGGUUGCCGAUCAAUUGGAAUUGCGACGUGUUGGGCCACAACAUCAAGCCGGUUCUGAUGCGCUGCUCACCGGAAUGGCAUUCUUCAAAAUGCGUGAGAUGUUCUUCGAGGAUAAUAUCGACAAUGCCAAAUAUUGCGGCCAUCUUUAUGGGCUCGGCACAUCGUUUAUUGUAAAUGGCACAAACUUCCACGAUAGCAACGGCGACAACAACAACACAACGUGAUUCGUUUUCAUUGAACGUACGGCGAAUACGGCGAACUGAUUAAGAUUCAACUCGUCGCGCAGGUUUGAAGAUGAUACUUUUUUUGUAAACAAAUAGCAGCAACAGCAGUAAGGCGUGCAGUAAGGCACUUAAGAUGAAAAUUAAGCUUUUAAAUAAAAAGAAAUAUCCACAAAAGUGGGGAAUUUAAAGAGUUAUCAACAAAAACAAAACACAUAGGAGCAAAUGGCAUAAGAACAACUUGUAAACAAGGAGGGCGAACAAACAGAAAACAAAAGAGCUCACACACACACACACCAGGUUAAACACACAAAACAAGCAAUAAAAAGUUGUUUCAAAUCCAAAACAAACCAAAA